AUGGGUGAGCUACGGAGGAUCAUGCGAGCUGAAUUGGAGGGCAUCAAUCAAAGGAUGGAUCGAAUGGAAAAUGGGGCACAUGCUGCACAAAACCAGCCACGACAAAAUGCUGGACGAAGAGUUCAAAAUGUUCCUAGUGAUGGAGAAGGAGCAUUGUCGGAUGAAGAAGAAUUAGUUGAGCAGCCCCAAAGGCCUAGACGUGCACAACGGGCAAGGAAUCAUGUUGAUGAUGACUUGGGGAGUAUCAAGAUGAAGAUUCCGUCGUUUCAAGGGAGAAACGAUCCUAAAGUGUACCUCGAAUGGGAGAGGAAAACGGAGAUGGUGUUUGAGUGUCACCGUUACUCAGAGUUGAAAAAGGUGAAAAUGGCAGCCGCGGAAUUCAGUGAUUACGCUCUUGUUUGGUGGGACCAACUCGUAAUCACAAGGAGGAGGAAUGGUGAAUAUCCUAUUAUUACAUGGGAUGAAAUGAAGGCUGUCAUGAAAAGAAGGUUCGUUCCUAAUCAUUUCCAUCGUGAUAUACACCAAAGGUUACGGAAAUUGGUGCAGGGAAAUCAAAGUGUGGAGGAGUACUUCAAGGAGAUGGAGAUACUCAUGAUUAGGGCCGAUAUCGAGGAAGAUAGGGAAGCUACUUUGCAAAGAUUCCUUGGUGGUUUGAAUCAAGACAUUCAAGAUAGAGUGGAAUUACAACAUUAUGUCGAAGUUGAAGAACUGUUGCAUUUGGCUAUCAAAUGUGAGCGACAGCUCAAGAGGAGAGCAAAUUCACGUCCAACUUAUAGCAAAGGAUCAUCUAGCAUGAGAUCGAGCUUUGUUAAGGAGGAAAAGUAUGCCCCUGGAUCAAAACAAGAAACAAAGCCAACCACAUCAAACCAAGGGAAUCGAGGUAAACCUGAAUCUUCUACAGCACGCAAUCGAGAUGUUAAAUGCUAUAAAUGCUUGGGCAGGGGCCAUUUUGCUAACAAAUGUCCCAAUAGAAGAGUUAUGGUGUUGCGUGAUGAUGGUGAGAUAGAAACGGAGGCAGAAAGUGAUACAGAAUCUAUGCCAUCAUUAAAGGAUGAUUUUGAAGAGCAACUUCCUGCCAAAGGAGAAGCAUUGGUUAUACGGAGAAUCCUGAAUCUGAAAGCCAAAGAAGAAGAGGUAGUACAGCGGGAGAACAUUUUCUAUACUCGAUGCCUUAUUCAAAACAAGGUAUGUAGUGUGAUUGUUGAUGGGGGGAGCUGUACAAAUGUUGCUAGUGCUACAAUGGUGGAGAAGCUGAAUCUACAACCGACAAAGCAUCCUAAGCCCUAUAGGUUGCAAUGGUUGAAUGAUAGUGGAGAGGUGAAAGUUUCCAAGCAAGUAAGGGUUCCUUUUUGCAUUAGAAAGUAUGAAGAUGAAAUUCUCUGUGAUGUAGUACCAAUGCAGGCCAGCCAUUUGUUGUUGGGGAGACCGUGGCAGUUCGAUAGACGUGUGCAACAUGAUGGUUACAGCAACAAAUACUCGUUCGAGUUUAAAGGUAGCAAAAUCCGACUUGUUCCUUUAACUCCGAAGGAAAUCUACGACGAUCAUAUCAAGCAGGAAAACACAAAUGCGUGGCAGCGAUGUCUUGAGUGA